UCCGCCAGUCGCACUUUAAGCGUUGCAUCAGCUGCAGCGUUUCACCGUUUCUCCCGUGAAAUCGCAAUCGAUCGCGGACAAUUCACGGGGUGCGUUGUGUGCUCGGUUAAAUUUUCGAAAACACGUUGAGAGAGCGCGUAACCAAGGUUCGGGACGACGAAUGCCGGUGAAUUCGGAUACGCGACCGAUUCGUAGCUCCGGGGACCGACAAGUAACGAGCGAACGACGACCUAGGGCUCGACUCAUGAUGCAAUAUCCAAACAUCGAUAUACAAGAGGGGAGAAGGAUCCGUAGCGUGCGAAGAAGACUUUUUCAAGACGACGAUGACGAUAAUGAAACGGAAUCGGGGCGAAAUUCCCGUAUCGAGGACAAUGUUGCCAAUUGUUUUUUCGAAGAGGCUCGAAAAUACCGAGAGAACGCUAAGGAGAGGUGGAACUUCGACUUUGAGAAGGAAGAGCCUCUACCCGGUCGUUACGUAUGGGUGAAGCUUGAUCAACACGGAAAUGAAAUUCGCAAUCCAUUGGGGGCGAACAGCCGAGUAGAAAAUAUACAAACGAUGCAGGAAGAAGACACGCAAGAUGAUGACGUCACGAUGCAAGAUCAUGCGGAGGAUAAGGAUGACGAUAAAAUGACUGAUAGUACGUGAGCAUAGAGAGAGAGAGAGAGAGAGAGAGAGAGAGA